AUGUUUUUACCUGUCAGACCUAAUGACCGAGAUCGCGACAGGGACCGCGAAAGAAAACCAUCUUCUUCGUCUAUUUCUUCCAAAAGCAAACACCGUCAACAACGCCCGUCCCACGGUCGGUCCAGCCGCCUCUCAACCAAGGAACACGACCCUGACGCCCCGACGGCCCGCUCCUCGACCCCUUCCACCUCCGUUCCCAGCUCCCGCAAGAAACGUCGGUCCUCCAUGCCGGGCGUCGAUAGCGCCAGCCGUCCCGAAACGGCUUCCUUCCUCGAGUCGAGGACCAGCCUGCCGUAUCCGACCUUCUCCAAGGCUCACAGCAAGGAGGCUGUUGCGAACCCGGGCAUCCCUACCCCCGACCCCACCGACUUGACUGAGGAGAACAAGGAUAAUGCGGAUGGCGACCGUCAUCAUCGGUCGGACGACCAUCAUGCCCCGCCAAGCCCGCCGUUGACGAGUUUGGACCAGCACUCACGCAAAGGCAGCACGGUCGGCGAUAAAGACGAAAAGGGAUCUGGAGAAAAGCCCAAGGAGAAGACCAAGAUUCGGAUUCGAGCCGAGUCGACGAAGUCGUCGUCCAGCCUGCGCGCGAAGAAGGAUGAGAGUUCCAAGUCAAAUAAGACCGUGCGUCCGGAGACAAAGCGCUCGAGUCACGACAAGGAUACACUCUACCGGACCUCUAGCCGGAACUCAUCCAAAUCGAAAAUAGUUGAGGAGGUCACGCCGCCCAAACGGCCCAGCAGUCGUACUACACUUUCUCCUUCCCGAUCCCCAGCAACGGUGCGUGAUGUUGGCUUAGAAUCGGCGAAUGGCUCCGAUGCCACCAUUGCGGCGCAUAGAAAGUCAACGAGUUCUCGGAAGUCCAAGAGCCCCGAAAAACCGCCGUCUCGGACCCAGACUCGAUCGUCGGCGUCUCACCGUCAGAGUAGCAGCCGAACCCCUGCCGACGCUGCAUUUGAAUAUGGGCGGCCUCCUACAGCUAACUCGGCCUUUGGGGCGCCUCCCCCACCCCCGCCCCCGCCAGAGGUGCCGGUCACGAUCCCUCGGGUGGACUAUCUGCUCCAAAACGGUGGUUUGGACCACCGGGUGCCCAAGGCGUUGCUACUAGGGGCCGACCACCCAGAAGGGUCUCCUCAGCAGCCGUUCCAACCCCAGGCUGCAGCAAUGAAGAUUUUUGACCCCUUCAACCGACUGCUUGAGGACUACCACAAGGUCAUGAUGAAAAAUGGCUCGCUCGCCGUUGCCUCAGGAUAUCGGUCCGUGGCGCGUCGUCUGUUGGACCGGCUAGAGGCUGUCUUUGCUCGCGAUAUUUCGUCCGAGUCAUGCCACUGCUUGAUGUGUGACCAUGAGGAUCUGGAGGAGCGCCAACCCGGAGUGAGUUGGGGCGAAGUCCUCGAGCUUGUUUCUGGUCGCCGUGAAUUACCCGGCUGGCCGCCUUUCGCGCUGUCAGCACCGGCCGGUAAUGCAGAGUUGUCUGGCGAUGAACAUAUUCCCAUGCAGAAGAUGGAUAUUGAUGUACCUGAAGAGUAUCGUGACCACUACAUGCGACAGUCCCGCAAGACGAAGACUGCAGUGGAUAAAUGGCUGAACGAACAAGAUGGACAGGGCACAAGUGCUCCAGAGGAGGUCGACGACGAGACUCUCACCUUUGCCAUGUUGACGCACAUUGGAUCCGAAGACCGCGCUCUCUUCUGUGCGUUACUGGGAAUCAACUCGACUUCGCCCACUCCUCAGCCUGAGGGUCAAUCCCGUCCACGUCCUCCUGCACUUCGGUCAUCGUCACUAGCUAUCCAACGACUGUAUCGACUGCCGUCACUUCCUCGCGACCCUGAAACGGCGAUUUAUAUGCUGAACAACCCGGAAAUGCAUCAUGUGUUAGCGACGCUUGCAGGAAUCAGUGACGAUGAGUGGGACAUCUUGAUUUCGGGUCGUUUUGACGGUUUCCUACGGAGUGGCGCGGAAGACGCUUUGUUUGCCGCGCAAAACGGCACUCCCUCUCGCUGGAACAGUACGAGUCGGUCCAACACUCCUUUCACCACAGGUGGCAUUUCUCGAGGCCCAACACCUAGUGUCAUGGAUGGCAGCCUCCGGCCGGCCAGUCAACCAUAUGGCCGCAACUCGCCCGCCGCUUUCGGUGGACCCAUCGCACUGGACGAAGAGAUGGAGAUUGCAGCGUUGGCCGAAAUCGAACGGGACAUCUACCUCGGGAUGGAAGCCCUCGAAGACGCAUUUGAAGCACUGCACUGCAAGGCCGAGGUGGUGCGCCGAGGACUCCGCGAGCGCGGAGCCGGCCUGUCCGUUGCGAACCAGAACCGACGCGGCUCAUUAGUCGAAGCCCGCAUGGGAACGCCUUCUUCGGCUCUGGGCAACGGAUGGGAGAGUGGUGAUGAUGAUUUCCUGGACGACGACCGAUCCCUGGCGCCUGACGAUUCAGCCAGUAAUAUCAGCUCGAACCGCCGACGUCGACCAAAGCGACGGACCGAGCGACGGACUCCUGCCCCCGUCGAAGAGGAGGAUGAAGACGACGAGGAACUGCACGAUAGUCGACGAGAUCGUGGUUCUCGCCGGAGGUAA